GCCCUUUGAAUAUAGAAACACCACUUCGUGAAAGCUGAAAAAAUCAUUGCACAACAUUCCGAUACUGAAUUUGAGUUGCGGAUCUUGGAGAAAGAUGGAUGCGACUGCAGUUGUUGUGGACAAAGAUUCGCUGGCCAAGCGAUCUGGUGUACUCGUUAUCGGUUCCUCCGGCGUCGGCAAACGGACCCUUCUCUCUCGAUUACUAUCUGUAGACUUUGAAGAUGACUCUGACUCAUCUUCAGAGGUUCUUGCUUAUGGGUGGACAAUCAACACAAAAUAUUACACAGCCGAUGUCUCAAUGUGGAUGGCUCAUUUAUUUAAUGAAUUUUCAAUCACAGGGGUGCCAAUGUUUGAUCAAAUAACUGCCUUAGUGAUGGUUUUUGACUUAAAUAAUCAAUCAUCAUUUUCAGAACUUAAAAAAUGGGUUUCAUGCAAUGAUAUUGGGAAAUUUGACAUCUUGCUAUGCAUUGGGAACAAAGCAGAUCUUGUUGUUGGCCAUUCUGCUCAUAUUGAAUACAGAAGACAUGUACUCAAUCAGUCAUCAGAAUAUGGAAUUGAAGAAACUGAAGGAAGUAGCUUAUUGGAAGAUGAAUCAUCAUCAUCAUCAUCAUCAUUAGAGAUUAAGAAAUCUUGUAUGGAAUGGUGUUUGGAACAUAACAUUGAAUACAUUGAAGCUUGUGCAUCAAAUCCUCAGUUUGACAAAUGUUUGUCAGUUGAUGGUGAUUCACAAGGUGUUGAGAGACUUCUUGGGGCUUUAUCUGCUCAUAUGUGGCCUGGAAUGAUCUUGAAAUCCGGUCAAACUAUAAGUCAACCUUCAUUACCUCAACAAGAAGAUUCAUCAGAUGAAGAACCCAACUAUGAAUUCGAAUAUGAAAUCUUAUCAGCUGGAUCUAUAGAAGAACAAUGGGAUGAUUCAGAUGUAUCAUGGGUUUCUGCAACUAAAGAUACCUCAGAAUCAAUUAUAAACAAUGAAAGAGAAAUCAAGGUAGAUAUGCAGCCAUCAACAUCAACAUCAACAUCUAAAUUGCAAGAAGAAAUUGAUAAUGAAAAAGCAAAUGAAGGUAAUGAUAAUGAUGAUGAUGGUGGAAAGGUGUUUGAAGUUGAGAAUAUGGAACAGUUGAUGUCUGAGAUUGGAAACGUGCGUGACAGUUUGAGGUUGAUGCCUGAUUUUCAGAGAAGAGAAAUGGCUGCAAAUUUGGCCAUGAAAAUGGCUUCAAUGUUUGGAGAUAGUAGUGGUGAUGAAGGAGAAAUAGAUGAGUGAUAUGAAUAUUGUUAAUGAUAUAAAGAAAGAUGUGGUUUUUUCAUUUAUUUUUCAUUUGGUUUAUCAUUUAUGUUGUGUUUAGAUUCAAGUGCUUUUGUCUCUAGAAAGAAUUUUUGGUAAGUUGUGUUGAAGGAAAAAAGUGGUACUUGAUGUUGUACACAAAUUGUAUAUCUACUUUUGUUUGUUAUUUAUUGGGUGU